AUGGCAAAGCUGUUAGCAGUAACAGUGACCAUCAACAGGGCCAUCGACAGAUUCAGGAGGCAGCCAAUGACCCCGGGAUCUAUCUUGACGACCAGAGAACUCAACGUUGCGAGAUUAUUUUGGGUAAAAAUAACACAACACCAGUACUUUGUUUCAGAACUCAGGGUACUUCUCAGAAAUCAGCAGCUACCUAGAAAUCACCAGUUAGCGAAAUUCACCCCAACUCUGGACGAGGAGGGCAUCAUGAAUGGUGGCAGGGGCACAGUUAGAGCCUACAUCCUACGCUGUGCUAUCUGCCCUAGACACCGAGCUAGACAGGCUCAGCAACAUAUGGGUCAAUUGCCCGCAACCAGAGUCUCACCAGCAAGAGCAUUUCUCCACACGGGGGUGGACUAUGCAGGUCCUUUCGCCAUCCUCAAGUGGAGACCCACGAAUGCUCAACCGGGAUCAGUGCACAUCGCAGUGUUCGUGUGCUUCACCACGUCAGCAGUUCACCUAGAGCUCGUCAACAGGCAAACCACAGAAGCCUUCCUCGGAGCUUACAAGAGAUUCACCGGAAGACGAGGUAUUCCAGCAGUCAUGUACGGUGACAACGCCACCACCUUCGUCGGAGCAGCAGAUCAACUCGAAAGGCUCUAUCACCAAGCAUCUAAAGAAAAUCAACGUGUUCAGGCUGCUCUCGCCACCAAUGGGACUCAGUGGAGCUUCUCACCACCUAAAGCACCGCAUUUUGGUGGCAAAUGGGAAGCAGCAGUAAAAUCAACGAAGCGUCACCUCAAGAGAGUCCUGGGAACGACAACGCUAACAUUUGAGGAACUCAACACAGUCUUAGUUCAGAUUGAAGCCUGCCUAAACUCCAGGCCAAUCUGUCCGAUGUCAGACGACCCAGAAGAUCUCCAGGUUCUCACCCCAGGACACUUCUUAAUCGGCGAGCCUCUACAGAUAGUACUAGAGUCAUCCUACGUCGACGAGAAUCCCCUCAAGAUGAGGAGAUGGAACCCGUGA